CGUUGAUAGACCGCUGUAGAAAGACCCCUGGUGGAGUGACUGCUCUGAAUGAAUGGUGUAGCCGAGUGACUGGUAGAGAGCAGCCAGCGAGGCAGAGUGUUGCUACUAGUGAGCUAUUGCUUUCAUUUGAUACUCAUAGCAAUUCCAGCAAUGUCAUUGAGUGUAAUGCCAGGGCUGCUACGUGUUGCUCAGUUCAGUUAAUUCCAUUGGGCAGGGGAUCAUUCCAUUGCACACACAAAGUUUCAUCUCGUUGGUGACUCUCAGUUGGCACUUAGUGUUGACCAGUGCUGCACUCAGUAAGUGUCUGUGGCUGUCAGUGAAUUAAGGUGGGUUAGUAACCAUGUUCAGCUGGAUGGGGAAAGAGAGUGCCAAGGGGCACCAAGAUGUCCUACAGACGGUGACAGGGGGUCUGCAGUCUCUUUACACCGGGAAGUUGCUGCCGCUAGAAGAACAUUACCGCUUCCAUGAGUUCCACUCGCCGGCCCUGGAGGAGGCUGACUUCAAGAACUUACCCAUGGUUCUACUUGUGGGGCAGUACAGCACGGGAAAGACCACCUUUAUCAGGUACUUGUUGGAGCAGGAUUUCCCAGGAAUGCGCAUUGGACCAGAACCCACAACCGAUUCAUUUAUUGCUGUAAUGUAUGGGGAGAAAGAUGGGAGCAUCCCAGGAAAUGCACUUGUUGUGGACCCAAAGAAACCAUUCCGUAAACUGAAUAGCUUUGGAAAUGCCUUUCUGAACAGAUUCAUGUGUUCACAACUCCCUAAUGAAGUUCUGAAAAGCAUCAGUAUCAUCGAUUCCCCCGGAAUCCUUUCUGGAGAAAAGCAGCGCAUUAGCAGAGGCUAUGACUUCUGUCAGGUCUUGCAGUGGUUUGCAGAACGUGUGGAUCGCAUUAUUCUGCUGUUUGAUGCUCACAAACUGGAUAUAUCAGAUGAGUUCUCUGAAGCAAUUAAAGCCUUUCGUGGUCAGGAUGACAAAAUACGAGUGGUACUCAAUAAGGCUGACCAGGUGGACACUCAGCAGCUAAUGAGGGUCUACGGUGCCCUUAUGUGGUCAUUAGGGAAGGUGAUAAAUACUCCAGAGGUUGUUCGAGUUUAUAUUGGCUCUUUCUGGUCUAAACCACUGCAGAUUACAGAAAAUCGGAAGCUCUUUGAAAUGGAAGCUCAGGACCUUUUCCGUGAUAUUCAGAGCCUCCCACGAAACGCUGCCUUGCGCAAGCUCAAUGACCUGAUCAAAAGAGCUCGUCUUGCUAAGGUACAUGCCUAUAUAAUUAGUCACCUAAAGAAAGAGAUGCCAGCAGUGUUUGGAAAGGAUACCAAGAAGAAGGAGCUGAUUAAUAAGCUUCCAGAGAUUUAUACUCAGCUUCAGAGAGAGCAUCAAAUUUCACCUGGAGAUUUUCCGGAAGUGAAGAAAAUGCAGCAACAGCUGGAGAUGUAUGACUUUUCCAAAUUCCACGCAAUGAAGCCAAAGCUGAUCGAAGCUGUAGACAACAUGUUGGCAAAUAAAAUCGCUCCUUUGAUGAGCAUGAUCCGUGAAGAAGAAAGCAGCAAGCCAACUCAAAUGGUGCAUGGAGGAGCAUUUGAAGGUACAAUGGAUGGUCCUUUUGGUCAAGGGUAUGGGGAAGGAGCAGGAGAAGGUGCUGAAGAUGAGGAAUGGGUGGUGGCAAAAGAUAAGCCUGUCUACGAUGAGCUAUUCUACACAUUGUCUCCAAUCAAUGGCAAGAUCUCUGGAGUCAGUGCCAAGAAAGAGAUGGUAAAUUCAAAGCUGCCGAACAGUGUUCUGGGGAAGAUCUGGAAGCUGGCAGAUAAUGAUAAAGAUGGCAUGUUGGAUGAUGAAGAGUUUGCUUUGGCAAAGCAUCUUAUUAAAAUAAAGCUAGAGGGGUAUGAGUUGCCCAAUGAUCUCCCCCUACACCUUGUUCCUCCAUCUCAAAGAAAAUCCAGGCUGAAUGCUGAAUAAAUAGUUUUAACAGAAGGGCAAGGAAUGGGCUAUGUAUUUCUUGUUGCCUUGUCAUAGCCCGAGAGCCCAAUCAAUGUAAAUUGUUCCCUACAGUUUUUUUUAACUCUGUUUGUAUAGACUCAAUACUAGCACAAAGCCUAAAAAUAACACAUCAUUGUUUUAUAACAAUUUCUGUUUAGCCCACAUGCUGUCAUGUCAUGAAUUCCUCUGCAUCCAAAAUGCACACAUAUUAUAUCUUGAAAAUUUAGAUCUGUUAUGUUAUUUACCUCUUUACUUGUGUAUCCAGUACUGUAAUUCCUGACUAGCUGAGUGCCAAGGUCUCUAUAUCACGUCUUGUCAAGACAGAGUGAAUUGUGAUACGUUCUGGCAUCCAUAUCCAACAAGUCAUUGUCAUGUGUAAACAGGAUAUCUUGGCUACCAAAAAUCAGAUUGACUAAUAUGGCGAGGCGUCACCGCUCGUGAAGAGCUGUGUAGAGCCUAAGACAGAUGUUAAAUGUAACUGGCCCCAAGGCAUUGCAUUUUCUAUAUAUUGACUGACCAUCUACAACAUGACUGGCACUGCUUUUUCAAGCUAUGCAAAACGAAAAUACAUGUUAGUCAUACCUAUGGUAACUGAGAUGCAGUUCAGCAUUCAAAAAAACAAAAGUACGGUCUUGCGACUUUUGUGUAUUCCAGAAAUACAGAAACUUCAUCUAACCCAACCUGAGAACAGCUUGUUCGUUUGAUUUCUAGUGAUGUUAUUAUAAACUCAGUUUAAUACAGACAUCUGUAUGUGCCUUUUACUUAGCGAAAUUGUGAUUUAGACGUAAAUGUGUUACGUUCAGAAAGAAUCCAGUGCUUCUGGAAAUUCAGAAGAAGGCAGAACUGAAAAUAACUGGGGACAUGUAGUGCAAGAGCACUGUAGAGCUUGAUUAUAUUCCUUUGUUGUGGGCUGUAAUACCAGACUGGAUAUGACAGGUAUGUUUUAAAGGGUUCUAAAGACAAAAAAUAUAUAUAUUUUCUACUUGAGAUCUCCACAAAAAAAUUAACAUAGAAUCAAUUUAUUUGCGCUGUUUAAUAAAUAAAGGGUAAAGUUUGUCCUCUUUUUUCCCCCCCCCCCUCUUACCACUGGCCUGUCCCAACCACAACUCUUCUACGUACCUUGGUUUUUCUUCUGUCACUGGUUUUGCUGUUUAGGAGAACCUUUCAGCUUCUGCUACACUACCCAAAAGUAUGAACACUGCUUUUGUUUGGCCUUGCAAGAGACAGAAGCUAUAGUAAACAUCAGCCAGAAGCAGCAGUUUUCAUAUUUUCAGGCAAUGGAGCAGGAGCCAAAAAAUUCCUCCUAAAAAGGCGGCCGUCAGAUCAUCAUUAUGAUUGGCUGUCUUGGCAGAGGGGGACACGGGACAAACGUAAGCCUUUAUUUCUAAAACUGUGUAAAGUUUUUAAAGCAAGUAAUCUGGUGAUAUGUUUAUUUUUGUGCGGAGGACCCAAAAAUCAGUUUUUGCCUUGUGAACCCCUUUAAAUCAAGAAUAGAUAAUAGAUUUAUCAAACCUCUUUUGUAGGCCUGUUUCUUAUCCAUGGGACCCCAAGAAUACUGGGAAUUGUAGUCUAACAUCAUAUUGGGACCUAAUGUUAAGAAACUCUUAUCAUAAUGAAAGGGAACAGUUCUAGCCUUAAACAUGCCCACAAACUAUAGUGGAUGUUUAAUAAAUCAGUUUUACAAAUAGUUUUUUAUGUGUUUGAGUUAUAUGCUAUAUUCGUAUACUCCUCAGACUAAUAUUUGUUUUCCUAAUGCAAACAACUCAGUCAUGCUGUGAGCACUAGUGUUGCACUGAAACUGUCAUAAACAAGAUCCAUUCUCAUACUGGUUUACAUUGCCUUUCUAUUUAUUUUUCUUUCUAGCAGUAGAAGCUUAAAGGGGUGAACAGCACUGAACCCUCCAGUAACUGCCGACUUAAUAUGAAAUUUUAUUUUUAAUUACAAGUCCCUUUUGUCAAAAUACAUAUUUGGACUUGAUUAAAUGUUAACAAUAAGGUGUACAUUCCCUUUAAGAACAUUUACACGCAAAUGAUUUAUUUAAAGGAGAAGGAAAGUCUAAAUUAUUGGGGGAUGCCAAAUGUUACCCCUCCCAGCGAUUCUAAUAACUUACCUGAUACCCUGGGCCGGUGCUCCUGUUAGCAGAAAACUGGGGGUUCUUCUCAGCCAGCACCACAGAGUGAUCCUCUUUUACUGUUGCUUCUUUUGUGAAUGCCCAGGGCACUCGCACGCAUAGUACAAUGAAACAGCUGACAGUUUGGCUUUUCACUGUUCUGAGCAUGGGCCAAGAAGAAAGAGAAUUGUUCCAUGGUAUUUGCCCCAAAGUACCCUGGGAUGGUGCAAUUUUCUGCUAACAGGAGCGCCACCCCAGGAUAUCGGGUAAGAAAAUACCUGAUACCCCCCCCAGUGAUUUAUACUUUCCUGCUCCUUUAAGAACAUGCCCAGUUGUAAUUUGUCAAUGCAGGGGCCGUUAUCAAUGAACCACAGUAACAAAAUAUAAUAGAAAACUAUCAUUUUAAUAUUAUUUAUGAACCAUAAAUAUAAAUCAUUUUCCCUUUUAAAGAUUGCUAAAUAAUUAACGCCACCUCACCCACUCCCUAAUGUGGUAUAUGUUCCACCAAUUUCUAGCAAUUUUUAUUUUCUAAAAGUGACUAGUGACAAAGUAUCCUAAAAACUAUUGUUUUUAUUAAGAUUCUUUAAUUACAAUUACAGGGAAUAUUUCUGUUUACUACACUGAAGAGAUACUGAAGUAGCUGCUGGCAUUUGUACUCCAAGCGUUACCCUUACCACUGGUUGCAAAAGUAUUAAUUUACAAUUCUAGAGAAUUGGUUGUGAUUAAAAUUAUUAGUAUGAUAGUCAGUAAAUAUAUUCUGAAAACACUGUGGCAUUUAAGUAAUUACAUUGAUGAAUGUCCCUCGGUGUGUGUGUGUAUAUAUAUUUUAUUUUUUGUUUGUGUUUUGUAACUCCAAAGUAUUCGUUAAAACUAAUAUCAACAAUACACUGUAUAUAAAUGUAUGAUUAUACUGAAUUCAGUUCUUAAGAGUAUAAUAUAAAUAAUGUAGAUUUAUUUUUAACGUUCAUGUUCUUAUGACUGGCAAUAUGAUUUAAUAAAUAAACCUAUUUCAUUAA